GUUACAGAAGUACCCGAAGGCCCAAAACAGAGAGCCCAGAAACCAGACCCCCAACUCACUGUAACAGUAACAGAGAGGGUGUAACACUCCGCCAUAGCCGUCGCCCCGCCCCUUUGCUCUCUCUUUUUCUCUCACACACUACACACACUCAAAAUGCGUAGAUUCACCUCCACAUCAACCCUCCGGUCACUCCUCCGCCGCUACAUUUCUUCCCCGUCAACCGCUCAACUUCCCCUCUCCAAAACCCAUUUUUCCACUCCACCCCACCCCCCUUACAACCCAUUUUCCUUUUCCCAUUAUUCCACAACUUUCAGAUCCUUCUCUUCCUCCCAAGUUAACGAUGAUCAAGAAGAAACAAAUGCUCGGUCACUUUCUUCCGAGCUUGUUAAGGAGCUCGAUGCCGAAUCAUUAUCAAUUCCUCAAAGACUCGAUCUUUCUUUCUCACAUGUUAACUUAACCCCUUCCCUAAUUCUCACAACGCUCAAUCUUUCACCAGAUGCAGGCAGGACAGUAUUAGGUUUUUUUCGAUGGGUUAAGAGUAAGGAAAGUUUCAAGAUUGAUGAUGAAGUUGUGUCGUAUUUUUUGGAUUAUCUUGGAAGGAGAAAGGAUUUCAAAGCUGCGGAAGAUGUACUGAGUGAGGGGUUAGGGCUAAUUGGGAGGAAGACUUUGGAAUGUAUGGUUGAUAGACUUGUAAGAGCUGGGAGACCUACACAGACAGUGGCAUUUUUUGAAAAUAUGGAGAAAGAUUAUGGGUUAGUUAGGGAUUUGGAUUCAUUGAAGUUGGUUGUUUCUAGGUUGUGUGAGCAUGGUUUUGCUAGUUAUGCUGAGAAAAUGGUUAAGAGUUUGGCUAGUGAUUUUUUUCCGGAUGAAUAUAUAUGUGAUAUGCUGGUAAAGGGUUGGUGUAUUGAUGGGAAACUCGAUGAGGCAAAGAGGUUAGCUGGGGAGAUGUAUAGAGGAGGGUUUGAAAUCGGGACGUCUGCUUAUAAUGCGAUUCUUGAUUGUGUUUGUAAGCUGUGUAGAAAGAAGGAUCCUUUUAGGCUUCAAUCCGAGGCGAAAAAUGUGUUGUUGGAAAUGGAGGAGAAAGGUGUUCCUAGAGACGUGGAAACGUUUAAUGUUUUGAUUACUAACUUAUGUAAGAUCAGGAAGACAGAGGAUGCUUUGAAUUUGUUUUAUAGGAUGGGGGAGUGGGGUUGUAAUCCUGAUGAGACGACGUUUCUCACUCUUACUAGGAGCCUGUACCAGGCUGCUAGAGUUGGAGAGGGUGAUGAAAUGAUUGAUAGGAUGAAAUCUGCAGGAUUUGGGGAUGCGCUUGAUAAGAAGGCGUAUUAUGAGUUCUUGAAGAUAUUGUGUGGGAUUGAAAGAAUCGAUCAUGCUAUGAGUGUCUUUGAAAAGAUGAAAGAGGAUGGUUGCAAACCAGGGUUAAAAACAUACGACUUGUUGAUGGGAAAGAUGGUUGCUCAUAAUCGUGUUGACAAAGCAAAUGCACUAUAUAAGGAAGCCGAGGACAAUGGAUUGGCAGUUGAACCAAAGGCCUAUAUGGUGCACCCAAGAUAUGCAAAGAAGAAACCCACCUCUGCCAAGAAGGAGAAGAAGAGGUUAACGUUGCCAGAGAAAAUGGCCAGAAAGAGGACAAAGCUAAAGAAAAUUCGCCUAAGUUUCGUUAAGAAACCUAGAAAAAUGGCCCGCCGAGCAUUUUGAUCCCUUAUGUGUUGGAUGAUUUUGAGGGAGAUUUUCCAGUGGUAUGCUGAAAGUGUCUCCACCCUCAUUUUGAUAGGUCUCGACAGUAUUAGAAAUAAAUUUUCAUUUACAACAAUGCUCUCUCCUUUAUUUUUUUUCUUUUAAUCUUUAAAUGUGUAACUCUUAAAUGAAUUUAUAUUUUUGUAUCUCAUGAAUCAAUUUAGAAUUUUAUACUCUGAA